CUAGCAGUUGCUGUCAAAAGGGUCCGCUUCAAUGUUUAAUAUCGCUCAAGUUAGCCCAGUAUCAUAAAAUUUUUGGUUUCUAAAAGCACAGAACGAAAUUCGUGAUUUUCAAAAACCAAUUUAAAAAAACAAAACGAAACACUCAUGUCCAGUUUAGAUGAUUUCUUUGCGAAAAAGGACCGAAAAAAGUCCGCAACAAAAACAAAUCUCUUGGCCGCCGACGAGCUCUAUCGCACACUGGAAGAGACCACCAAAGCGCCACAGGAGGUGGACAGCAAUGAGAAGCUGCAGCUGGAUGUGGCAAACAGUCAACAUUCGCCACUCGAGUUCGGCAUUCGCUUCUCCGAUGAGACCAUCGACGAGGAGGACGAAUGGUGCGAUUUUACCGAGGAGCACGAUCAGCCAUUUCCAAAUUUAAAACGCAACUCAAAACUGGUCCUAAGCUCAAACGCCGUGGUUGCCAGCAGCGAGGAGGUAAAGCUGGCAGCCGAACACGGUCAAUAUCAGGACACUGGCGGCGAUGGGCUCGGCGUAGGUCAGGCUAUCGAUGAAAUGGGCAAGCCCGCUUGUCCCUGGUUAAAACUGGAGCCCACAGAGCUGACCAGCUUCAGCCCCAAGGCCGUGGAGACCGUGGAGCGCAAAUCGCAGCCAACGAUUAAAUCACAGCCGAACAUUGCGCCCAAAAAACAAGUCUAUGUGCCGCCAGCUCUGCGCCAAAGCCAAAGCGAGUUCAGUGUACGUCCACGUAAACAGGCGCCACCAGUGCCAGUGAAGCUGGCCAAGGGCCAGGCACCAGAUCUAAAUAAUGUCGAUUUCUUUCCAUCACUCUGUAAAUCACGCAUCUCGAAGCGUGCCAAGUAGUUUUCGUAUUUCAUUAUCCGUUCUUCUAGUUAACACUUUUUAAAUUUGCAACGAUUAAAGCUUGAGUCCCGAUAAAAAAGU